CAGUAGGCGCGCGAGUGGGCGCGCCGGGCAAGCGCGCACUUCAGUGUUCUGGCUGAGCUUCGUGUGAGCGCGUGACUGCGCAGCGUUUUGUGGACUUAGUUCGUGAACUGUGAGCUUGGUGCCCAUAGAAGAUAUUGCUUAUGCUUGCGGUUCGACAAUGUUGAUAUCGGCGGGCUCGGGCCCAACAGACUUCUCGCCGGCUUCUUGUUGCGCGUCCUGGAAGAUGGAGCCGGCCCCAGCGCCAGCGGCGAUCACCCAGCCACUUAAUAUAUCACCAAAUGUUCCAGUUUCUCCAUCAUCUUCCGGCGGAGGCAGCUCAUCACUGUAUCCCGGAGGAGCAUCACAUCCCCUCUCAUCGCUUCUUUCGCAACAAAGGCUUUUAGAGCUGUCGCGUUUCGGUCUGCGGCAUUACGACAUCGCCCAUCACGUGCUGUCUCAGCAAGGUGCUGUUACCAAGCUUCUUGGUACUCUCCGCCCACCAGGCCUGAUCGGUGGAAGUAAACCAAAAGUUGCAACACCUGCCGUCGUUUCAAAGAUAGAACAAUAUAAACGUGAAAACCCGACAAUCUUCGCGUGGGAGAUUCGGGAGCGACUGAUUUCUGAAGGUGUAUGUACGAACGCGACAGCGCCUAGCGUAUCUUCAAUCAAUAGAAUUCUAAGAAACCGGGCUGCUGAACGUGCUGCUGCGGAGUUUGCGAGGGCUGCUGGCUACGGGUUGUAUGCUGCCCCUCCGCCGUACGGCAGCUUCCCGUGGGGCGGAAGCGGUGGGGUGUGGCCGCAUGGUGGCUUGCCUCUCCCACCAGGUGUAGCUGCACCGUCGGUAGGCGUGCCUCAUCCAGAUGCGAUGAAACAAGGCUUCUUAUCAUCAACGGGGAGAGGACUUAUUGAUGUCGACGGAGACGACUCGGGCUCUUUAGACGGUGAACAACCAAAGUUUAGACGAAAUAGAACCACAUUUAGUCCAGAUCAAUUAGAAGAACUUGAAAAGGAGUUUGAGAAAUCGCAUUACCCUUGCGUGUCUACGAGGGAGAGGCUCGCUUCUAAAACAUCUCUUUCUGAGGCACGUGUACAGGUUUGGUUUUCCAACAGACGAGCCAAGUGGAGGCGCCACCAGCGCAUGAACCUCCUCAAGCGCGGUGGCGGCUCACCUUCGCACCGCCUCCCACACUCACCCUCCCGUUCCCGAUCGCGUUCUUUGUCCCCGACGCGUAUAUACCACGCACCACAAAUGGGCGGAGAGAAUAGCGCGUUCAAGGCCCUCUCACACGACGCUAACGCCAUGAAGGCUCUAUCCCACGCUCAGUUCGAGACGAACGCGCUCAAGGCGCUAUCCCAGCAGACGUUUGAUUUCAAACCACACCCUGGAUUGGAGAGCAGCGCGUUCAAAGCAUUUGUACCCAACUCCGCGGCGGCCUUGCUCGCUGCGCAGUCCAUGCAAUUGUCCAGAUACGAGUCUGAUUCAGAUGAAGAGAUAAAUGUGCAUGAUGAGAGCGAGGACGAAGGUGUAAAGCAAAAAAAGGCUAGGUCGAGAUCGACCAGUCCCUGUCGACAGAGGUCUAACGAUUUGCCCCUACAAUUAACGAAGCAUGAUCGUUGAUUUGUAAUUAUUAAUUAAUUGUAAAUUUAUGUAAAUAUGUAGAUACUGAGCUAAUUAAUGUACAAGAUCAAAUUUAGUUUGCACAAAUUAUUUAAUAUGCAGUUUGUUAUUUUGUAAUCGAAAAGAUAGUAAAUAUAUUGAUUUUAAACGACUUCAAAAUGGAAAUGGUUCUUAAUAUGAGAUCUUUUUGAUGUUUCCCUGUUGCGUGACAAACCAUUGGUUAAAGAAUUAUUUUUCUAUGUUAAACAUCGAUUAAAAAAUUGUAAUCUUUGUUUUCCUUUGAGUUCGUUCCCGUACACAAAUUGUUGAAGUCGAACUGAUAAAUACGUAGUAUUAAGAAAUAAGUGGGUUAUAAAUUUUGUAAUUUAGAAAUUAUUUAAAGAUCAAAGACACAAAAAUUCACGUCACCGUUUAGAUUAUUAAAAUUAUUGUUGAACACUGUAUAUUUUUGCUUUAAUGGUUCCUAGAGAGGUAUAAAAACCUCCUUAGAGGGUAUAUAAAAUAAAAGAUGGCGCACUUCCCUUUACUGUCUAUUGGCAAAGCAAAACGAUUCGCCUGUAUUUGAUUGGACUAAAGCUAACCAAUCACAAUAGAGCGACAUGCGUCAUCUUUUGUUUAUAUACUUCUCGAUCAACGAAUAGCUUAGUUCGCUGACUUUUAACUGCCACUUCAUAAUAGCUGUUAAAGUCAGCUUCUUUAUAUAGUUAAUUACACAUGUAAAUUAUUUAUUAAAUAGAAAAUUUUAAUGUAAAUAUAUAGUGAUAAUUAAAUGGGUACCUAUUAAAUAUUUUAAUAAAUAUUAAUUGAAUUUUA